AUGUUUGGGAUCUGUGUCCAGCAAGAGAGCGGUGAGUUAGCUUCUCUAUUUGUUUUACAGUAUGUGAAAUAGUUGCUGAAAAGAUAGGAGAUGGGAUAUAAUCACCAUUUGAUUGCAGGAUAUGAUAACAAAAUGUGAUGAUGAUCUGCCCUUGUUGCAUUUAAUCAUCCUUUUCUCUACCCUUGUUGUCCUGUAGGUCCCAAUCCAAACUAUUUUAUUGUGAUGGAGUUUUGUGAGAAGGGCAGUCUAAGAGAGGUGCUGGAUUCCCAAAGCAAGCUGCCCUGGGAUAGAAAGGCUCGCAUGAGUCUGGAUGCAGCACAAGGCCUCUACAUGUACAGUAUACCACUCUUUACCCUGUGCCUUACACACGUAGACCAGACAGUGCACCUAUUACACAUUAAGCACCAUCUCUGCCAUAUCGUUGCCAUAAAUGUGUUAUAUUUAUACAAUUUGAACUAAGGAAUCGGCCUAUCAUACAUUUUUUAUGUUGAAUAAGGUCUCUGUCGCAACCAGUACAGACACCUUCAACAUGAAAUGUUGGCGGACAUGAAAGGGUUCCGCCAGCGCGGUGGAAAGCGACAUCAAAAGCUGGUUAAUAAAGUCGCACCUCUGAUGGUCACACCCCUGCCACAGGUAAAUGUCACUGGGUACACGUCAGGUACAAUUUGGCUAAAUUCGACAGAGGAACGUUGGAUGCUAUUCAUGCAUCUUAUGAUCCACCUAUUAAAACUUCUACCCACCAAUACUAUACAGUAUGCUCUGGUGUUUCCUCUUCACUAAAAUAAUGGGUACACUGUAUCUGUUCCCUGUGCCUUGCUCACCAACGUUCACAGAACAAGAAAGUAUAUCCUAAUCACAUUGAGCUACUCUGACAUGACUAGCUAAUCCCUCUCUCACUGUAGAUUACACCAGUCUGAGGAGAAGUUUAAAGUGCAUGGGUGCAUCAACAGCAGCAAGUUCCUAGUACAUACCGGGUACUGAGUGAAGGUAUGAGGUUUAAUGCAUUCCUCUACACAUCCAUGUGUGUUUGGCACUACAAAGUGAUAGGUGAAGUACUCCAUCUCAAUGUAAUUGUUGUUCAUCUGUUCUGUGUGGUCAGCUACGAGGUUUGGAGCUGGUGAAAACAGAGACUUCGUUGAAGAAGACUAAGGACAGGAAGAGCAGCUCCUUACGCUACAGCUCCCCUCAGCAGCUUGAGAGUAUCAACCACCGCUACAACAAAGCCUGUGAGAUGUACAGGUCAGUUUUCCAUUACACUUAUAACACACUCAGAUAUUGUAAAUGAAUGUAAAAUCACAGAAAACACAUGAGAUUUAUUAUGUUGAAAUGGUAUUUGUUAGUCUAAUGUAGGCCCUCAUUGCAGUUUUGGCAUUGUCCUGUGAGAGAUUGCAACCUGCAAGAUUCCCUUCGGAGGUGUAUGUCAACUCCAUUAGUAGAAAGGCUGUGGGUAAUAAACACUAACAGCAAUGCCAAUGAUACAUCUGUAAAUAGCAUGGUUGGGUUUUCACUCUCUCUAUAAGCAUAUGGUCAUAUUUAGACAUCUGUCAUUCCAUUUCUGUUUUCUCUUGUCUUCUGAUCAGACUGCUUACCAGAAGAGGUGUAUCAGAGGGUGAGUAAAGACAAAUAUACUGAACCUCUUCCUGAAGACUGCCCAAAACAGUUGGGAGAACUGAUCAACACCUGUCGCUCCUAUGACAGCUUCCACAGGCCAACGGCAGGAGGUAAUACCUUCAACACACACAACUAAUAGGCCUAGACGUUGUGAUAUACUGUAGGCCUACAUACAAUUAUUUCACCUGUUCCAUAUUGAUUCCUAUUUGUCCUCUGUUAUCCUUGUUUCUUAUUUCCAUUCUGAUCAUCAUCAUUAAGAGGUGUUAUCAUACCCAGGACAGAUUGAGUAAUCAAGUUUGUCUGUUCCACAGUGUUGGUGGACAAGCUCCGCAAAGUGGUGGAGUAG